UUGGUCUUUCUGGACUUGAGAUACAAGAUACAAAUCACGGAGGGCCAGGCGACAACGAAAUCACCACACCUUGUGCAUCAUCUUAGCGUCCACACCACUCUCCCAGGUUUCAAGAUAAAUAUGUAAAGCCGUCUUUGCUGUUUUGAUAGACAACUCGGUUAAAACUUCCUCCCUUAUUUCCGAAGUACUAUUGCAUCAUCGCUGUUUACAACACACCUCAUCUCAUCCAUAUGUACUAUAUCCAGUGCUGACCUGUAGAUUUACUCCACAGCUCUCACGCACCAUUUGAAUUCUUUAAGAUCCUUACUAUCUUCUGUCACUUUCCUAGAAUGUCAACCUCAUCGUCAAAACCCCCUCUCGAUGGUCAGCUGGCCCUCAUCACCGGCUCAACAGGUGGUAUCGGGAGUGCGACAUCACGUCUACUUGCCAGUCUAGGGUGUCGCAUUGCACUCCAUUACAACAGUGACGUCGAAACCGCAACCCUUCUGAAGAACGAGCUGCAAAAAAAGCAUCCUCAUGAACUCAACCGUAACUUUAUGUCAUUCAAGGCAGAUAUGGGGGACUAUGAUCAAGUCCGCGAACUCCACACGAACGUGGUCUCUACCCUCGGCCAUCCAACAAUCCUGAUCAACAAUGCUGGUUCCACCCUCGGACUCUCAGGCGUGAAAUCCGUUGCUGACGUCCCCAUUGAGGACUUCGAACGCACAUGGCGCGUCAACUGCGGGUCCGCGUAUCUACUCACACAGCUAUGCAUUCCGGCUAUGGAGGAAAGCGGCUGGGGGAGAGUGAUUUUCGUGAGCAGUGUUGCGGGUCUGACGGGUGGGAUUGUAGGGCCGCAUUAUGCAUCCUCGAAAUCUGCGCUUCAUGGCUUGAUACAUUGGCUUGCGAAUGCGUAUGCGAAGAAGGGUGUAACAGUGAAUGGAAUCGCGCCUGCGCUUAUUGAGCAGACGAAGAUGCUCCCUGGGAGUAGUGAAGAGUUGUCAAAGAAGAUUCCACUGGGCAGGUUGGGAACUCCUGACGAGAUUGCAGAGACGGUGCUGUGGAUGAUCAAGACGGGUUACGUGACGAAUAAAGUGAUUUGUGUUGAUGGGGGGAUGUUUCCGCAGUAAGAGUGUGAGAUGGUCGUGUGAACGAAGAUGGCCUCAGCUGCACUCGAUUGGGAUGGGUAUGAUAUAUGUACAACCGUUGAAACUCACAUUUGGAAUUG